UUCAUGUCCUGAUUAAUAUGGACAAUCAGGACAUUAACAUGGGGAGAGGCCGUACACCAGGUCGCCAGUCCACUUACACCAGGCAAUUCAGAGUGCACGUUAGACUGUGGGAGGAAACCGGAGAACCGCCGGCCGGAGCUCUAGAUGCUAAAUUCAAUUCAAUUCAAUUCAAUUCAAUUCAAUUCAAUUCAAUUCAAUUCAAUUCAAUGUUACUAGAGAGCAGAGAGGUUCUGUCCAAUUUCCAGUUCUCUCCUGACUGUACAGAAGCAGGCAGAGUUGAAUGGUUUUAUUUUUGUGCUGCGGUGAUUCCUGUUAAGUCCUGAAAGACUGGAACAGGAGAAGCUGCGUUAGGACAAAGGACAGAGCUGUGUCUCGUGCUUUCCAUCUGGCAGAUGAUUGGUUGAUUGACAGCAACUGCUGCAGCAUGUGAUUGGCUGAUUAACUGCUGAAGGCUGCACGUGAGAGAGGGUUUCAGUCAGGACCUUUCAAUUAGUGUGUGUGUGUGUGUGUUGGGGGGGGUAACUGUUCCAGAUUACUACUACUUUUGUGGGGAUAUUCCUUAUUGUUGGAUUUCUGUAAUAUAAAAAACAAUUCCACCAAAAGCAACAGGUUUCAUUUUGGGAUCACAGAACCUGAUGCAUGAAGGUAAAAUCUGUAGAAUGUCAGGUUCUCAAUGAGUCCAAAGGAGUUCUGGUUCAGCUUGACCCAGCAGGUCGUUCCCUGUUUCAGCUGCUGGGAGGGUGGGGAUGUUGGUUUGAGCUUCAGUGACGUCCUCACGUCUCUGGCGUGUGUGUGUAUAUAACGGCAGAGGUUGUGGCUCUGGCACAGACAGACGUUAUGUGGUGCCAACGGCUUCUUCAGACCCUCAGACCAGUAUCCACCAGCAGACAGACAGGCCUUCUGUUUGACGUGGACGGCGUCCUGCUCCGUGGCGGAGCAGUGAUUCCUGCUGCUCAAAGAGCUUUCCAGAAACUUUUGGAUAGAAACGACAACUUCCGGUUUCCUAUUGUAUUUGUCACCAAUGCUGGAAAUUGCCACAGACAUCACAAGGCCCAACAGCUGUCUCACCUGCUGAACAUCCAGGUUGCUCCAGAACAAGUGGUUCUUUCCCACAGUCCUUUGAAAAUGUUAAAGAGUUUCCAUGAUAAAUGUGUCCUAGUCUCAGGACAGGGACCUGUUGCUGACAUUGCUAACACCCUGGGUUUUCAGAAGGUGAUGAGCAUGGAGCAGCUCCGACAAAAUCACCCUCAACUGGAUAUGGUGGACCACAACCGGAGACCCACACUCCCUGUGAGUAGCUGCAACAGACCAAGUGUUGAUAAAAUUUGGAGUCCAGAGGCUCAGCAACUCGAACUAACUGUGUUUUCUGUCUUUCAGUCGUCCUCUCUCCCAACUCUUCCUAAAAUAGAAGUGAUAAUCCUCUUUGGGGAGCCAGUGAGAUGGGAAACCAACCUGCAGCUACUGGUUGACGUGCUACUGACAAAUGGGAGUCCUGGUUGUGAGCACACUCAAGUGUCAUCAGGCCACCUUCCAGUUCUUGCCUGCAAUAUGGACCUGACAUGGAUGGCUGAGGCUCCAUCACCACGGUUUGGUCAUGGAAUGUUCCUGCUGUGUCUGGAGUCCGUCUACAGAAAACUAACAGGACAGGACCUGCAGUACCAGGCACUGCUUGGGAAACCCAGUCUGCUGACCUAUCAGUAUGCUGAGCAUCUGUUGAGGCUACAGAACCACAACCACACGCUGACCACCAUCUAUGCUGUGGGUGACAACCUGAUGACAGACAUCUAUGGUGCUAACCUGUACAACCGUUAUCUGGCUCAGCAAUCCGCCAUGGAAACAAGCAGCAAACUGUUUGCCAAGGCAGCAGGGAGUCAGCUGACGAUGGCAGAGGAGCUGGUCUCGACUGCUUCUCAAUGUCACUCCAUACUGGUGUGCACAGGCGUCUACAACCCUCACUCCAUAUUAUCUAGUGACCAGAGCAGCAGCAUCACAGAGACAGAGUUACAUGGUCACAGAGACCUGGUUCUGGAGCCAGACCUAGUGGCGCCGAACCAUGUGGUGGAGGAUGUGGAGGCUGCUGUCGAUCUUGUGCUGCAACAGGAGGCUUUGUGACCUCCCACAUCGAAUCUCCAUUUUACUUUUUGCAACCAGGCAUAGUUUAUUCUUUUAACUUUGUACUGUUGUGUGUCCUUUUCUAAAUGAAUAAAUACAAUAUAGUGACUUUGGACAUUUUA